AUGCGCUUCUUCGCCGUCUCCGUCUACAUCUCGGUCCUCGCCGCUUCCGCCCUCGCAGCGGUGACUCCCCUCCGCACCGUCGAGAAGUACGACGGUGAGACCACCGGCAAGUACAUCGUCAAGCUCAAGGACGGCGUCUCCAAGUCCACCGUCCUCGGCUCAGUCAGGAAGUCGAGCAACGUUACGGAAGAUUGGGAGAUCCUCAACGGAUUCGCCGCCCAACUUGACGAUGCGACUUUGAACGAGCUUCGCGCAUCUGAUGACGUCGAAUACAUCGCCGAAGACGGAGUCGUGCACGCUUUCGUCACUCAGACCAACGCGCCGUGGGGUCUUGCUCGCCUUAGCUCCGCUACCCGCCUGACGAGCACCAGCACUGGCUCUCUGACUUUCUCCUACACCUACGAUGCCGCCGCUGGCUCUGGUGUCGACAUCUACAUCCUCGAUACUGGUGUUCUGACGACGCACUCGCAAUUUGGAGGCCGCGCACGCUGGGGAGCUACUUUCGGAGGAUACGCCAACGCUGAUGGCCAUGGUCACGGAACCCACGUCGCCGGAACUGCUGCUGGAAGCCAAUUCGGUGUCGCCAAAGCAGCCAACAUCAUCGCUGUUAAGGUUCUCAGCGACUCCGGUUCCGGCUCUGUUAGCAACAUCGUCUCUGGUCUCAACUACGUUCUGACCCAGUCUCGUGCCACCGGUCGCCCUUCCAUUGCCUCUCUCUCGCUCGGUGGAGGUGCUUCCACCCCUCUCGAUAGUGCAGUCGCCAGUCUCACUUCUGGAGGUGUCCACGUCACCGUCGCUGCCGGAAACUCUAACACCAACGCCGCCAACACCUCGCCCGCCCGUGCUCCGUCCGCCAUCACCGUCGGCGCCUCCACCAUCGCCGAUGCCCGCGCCUCGUUCUCCAACUACGGUGCCGUCGUCGACGUCUUCGCUCCCGGCGCUAACGUCAUCAGCUCUUGGAUCGGAAGCAACACCGCCACCAACAGCAUCUCCGGCACCUCGAUGGCGACUCCCCACGUUGCUGGUCUCGUUGCCUACUUGAUCAGUGUUCGCGGUAACGGGUCGCCCGCUGCUAUCCAGACCUCGUCAAGUCGCUCAGUCUCAAGGGCGCUCUCAGUGGCAUUCGACUUUCUGAGGACAAAAUCGCCAUUCAUUAAUACUCAUUCCUUGCAACAUCGGAAAGCUACCGUCUGUGCGAACGAUUUGAUAUCUCUUUCCUUCCGACUCUCCACCUCUCAAUCGCCGUCUACCAACGAUGGAGUCAUCGGCACUGGUCGAAAUGCACCAUCUCCAGGCGGAUAUCGCCCAUAUUCCCGUGAUCAACUAGCCAGCACUCUGGCAGGCUCUCAACGUCAUCAAGUGCUCAUGAUUCCAAAGACUGUUACGGAGAAGAAGGAGAAGGUUGCUGGUGGUAGAGGUGAAAGCAAGGCGCUCGAUGGACAAGAGGGUGGUCUCUGGGUCUGCAGUGCCGAAGCACACGCUUUCGAAUCAAGGUUCUGCUGGAAACAAUCUGGGAAAUCAGAGGCACCCAUGGAUAGGCCGACAUUGUCGCCACCGCCCGCGCCGUCCAGAAGUUUCCAGACACGUACGACACGAAACCCAUACCCUUGGUCGGCCUCAUGA